AUGUUAUUCCGCCAAAUUGUGUGGUUAGUGAUCGCUUUGUCUUUUCUUGAUUUAACUUCAACGGCAAAACCUCCCGCCCAUGUAUCCGGACGAAUUGUGGGUGGUGAUUUAACAACCAUCGACAAAGUUCCGUACAUGGUACAAAUCUGGUGUAAAGGAAAAUUUAAUUGUGGUGGAGCUCUGUUGACGAGACGUUUUGUACUUUCCGCAGCGCAUUGUUUUAAAAAUGUAACACCCAGCGAUUUAUUUGUUGUGGCUGGAGCUACAACCCUUUCCGAGACUGGUGGAAUACGAAGUAAUGUAAUUAAAAUAAUGAUGCCUGCCUCAUUUAGCACCGCCACAAUGGAUAAUGAUGUGGCAGUGUUGAAAUUAGCCACAGCCUUACAUGGGCCAAAUACCCAAACAAUUGGUCUAUACAAUGACAAUUUGAAAAUUGGCCAACAAGUGGAAAUUUCUGGUUGGGGUCGUACCAGUGAAAUGGGUGAUGUGUCGUUCCAGUUGCGUACCAUAAGAGUUCCGGUCUUAGCAAGGCCUCAAUGCCGUCAACAAUAUUCGAAAUAUAUAGCGCUGACAAAGAAUAUGUUUUGUGCUGGUUUGCCGGGAGCUAAGGAUUCAUGUUCGGGUGAUUCUGGUGGUCCGGUUGUGGCUAAUGGGAAAAUAUGUGGUAUUGUUUCGUUUGGUGUUGGUUGUGCCCGCCAAGGGUUGCCUGGAGUUUACACGAAAAUUAAGGAG